AAGAGCACUUCUGAACCUGUGAGCAGGAGGGAUGGAUAGUAACAUCCAUCUGAGCAGUUUGAUAAGUCGACACGAUGAUGAAGCCACCAGAACAUCUACCUCAGAAGGGCUGGAAGAGGGUGAAGUGGAGGGAGAGACGCUCCUGAUUGUUGAGUCAGAGGAUCAGGCAUCUGUGGACUUAUCUCAUGACCAGAGUGGGGAUUCCCUCAACAGCGACGAAGGAGAUGUGUCGUGGAUGGAGGAGCAGCUGUCCUACUUCUGUGACAAGUGCCAAAAAUGGAUACCGGCCAGUCAGCUGAGGGAACAGCUCAGUUACCUUAAGGGUGAUAACUUUUUUAGGUUUACUUGUUCAGAUUGCUCAGCAGAUGGCAAGGAGCAGUAUGAGAGACUGAAGCUGACAUGGCAGCAAGUUGUCAUGUUGGCAAUGUACAACUUAUCUCUGGAAGGAAGUGGACGUCAAGGUUAUUUCAGGUGGAAAGAAGAUAUCUGCGCUUUUAUUGAGAAACAUUGGACUUUUUUACUAGGAAAUAGGAAAAAGACUUCGACGUGGUGGAGCACAGUAGCAGGUUGUCUCAGCGUGGGAAGUCCUAUGUAUUUCCGUUCAGGUGCUCAGGAAUUUGGAGAGCCUGGAUGGUGGAAACUUGUUCAUAACAAGCCCCCAACAAUGAAACCUGAAGGAGAGAAGUUGUCUGCUUCAACUUUGAAAGUAAAAGCCUCAAAACCAACAUUGGAGCCCAUCAUUACGGUGGAGGGACUUAGAAAACGAGCAAGUCGGAAUCCUGUGGAAUCUGCCAUGGAAUUAAAAGAGAAAAGGUCUCGAACGCAGGAAGCCAAAGACAUUCGAAGAGCCCAGAAAGAAGCGGCAGGCUUUCUGGACAGGAGCACAUCCUCCACCCCCGUGAAAUUCAUUAGCCGAGGUCGAAGGCCAGACGUGAUUCUGGAGAAAGGAGAAGUGAUCGACUUCUCGUCCCUGAGCUCCUCGGACCGCACGCCCCUGACCAGCCCCUCUCCUUCCCCGUCCUUGGACUUCUCUGCCCCCGGGACCCCGGCCUCCCACUCGGCCACGCCCAGCCUGCUCUCCGAAGCUGAUCUGAUUCCCGACGUGAUGCCGCCACAAGCCCUGUUCCACGAUGACGACGAAAUGGAAGGUGACGGCGUCAUAGACCCGGGCAUGGAGUACGUCCCGCCCCCCGCCGGCUCGGCAGCUUCGGGACCCGUGGGGGGCAGAAAGAAGGUCCGAGCCCCUGAGCAGAUCAAGCAGGAGGUGGAGAGCGAGGAGGAGAAGCCGGACAGGAUGGACGUGGACAGCGAAGACACAGACUCCAAUGCCUCUGUGCACGCAAGGGCUCGGGAGAAGAGGAAGCCUCCCCUGGAGAAGGACACGAAGCCCAAAGGGCCCAAGUACACCCCGGUCAGCAUCUACGAGGAGAAGCUGCUGCUCAAGAGGCUGGAAGCCUGCCCCGGCGCCGUGGCCAUGACGCCGGAAGCGCGGAGGCUGAAGCGGAAGCUGAUCGUCAGGCAGGCGAAGAGGGACCGUGGGCUGCCGCUCUUCGACCUGGACGAGGUGGUGAACGCCGCCUUGCUGCUGGUCGACGGGCUUUACGGCGCCAAGGAAGCAGGAGUGUCCAGGCUUCCCGCCGGGCAAGCCACCUACCGCACCACCUGCCAGGACUUCAGGAUCCUCGACCGGUACCAGACUGCCUUGCCAUCCAGGAAAGGAUUUCGGCACCAGACCACCAAAUUUUUGUAUCGUUUGGUGGGAUCAGAAGAUAUGGCUGUAGACCAAAGUAUUGUCAGCCCUUAUACUUCUCGUAUCUUGAAGCCUUAUAUCAGGCGUGAUUAUGAGACAAAGCCACCCAAACUACAGCUCCUGUCACAGAUUCGUUCCCACCUGCACAGGAGUGACCCACACUGGACACCUGAGCCUGACGCACCUCUUGACUACUGCUAUGUCCGACCAAAUCACAUCCCAACGAUCAACUCUAUGUGUCAGGAGUUUUUCUGGCCUGGCAUUGAUCUGUCUGAGUGCCUGCAGUAUCCAGACUUCAGUGUUGUUGUCCUGUAUAAAAAAGUCAUCAUUGCCUUUGGCUUCAUGGUUCCUGAUGUGAAAUACAACGAGGCCUACAUUUCAUUUCUGUUUGUCCAUCCUGAAUGGAGAAGAGCAGGGAUUGCAACUUUCAUGAUCUAUCACCUGAUUCAGACCUGCAUGGGCAAGGAUGUGACCCUUCACGUCUCAGCAAGCAACCCUGCUAUGCUGCUAUACCAGAAGUUUGGAUUCAAGACUGAAGAGUAUGUUUUAGAUUUUUAUGAUAAAUAUUACCCAUUGGAGAGUACAGAGUGUAAACAUGCAUUCUUUCUGAGGCUCCGGCGCUGAUAUGAACGUAGCUCCUCAUAGAGAACCGUGUGUGCUGUCCAAGAACAGUUGGAGACCUGUGGGCAGUUACUCAUCUCACUGUGGACUCUGAUCUUCUUUGUGGUUAGAGGUCGUAGUGGUGGGCAAUGGAUUGAGUGGUGGGCACAGUUGCUUUCCUAUCUUUCUGGAGUGGCCUUUGACCAACGUCUUGGGCUCCACCAUUGAAUAAAACUGAAUGAUGCUGCUAUUGUCCUUCCACCUGACAGCGUGUCAGAGCAAAAGACCUUCUAAACUGAUACUCUUGGUAAGAGAGAGUCUGUCUGUCCUAACUUUGCGGACAAGAAAACAUGAGUGCUGUUGAAGAUUCACACAGUGCCGAAGUGGUAUUAUGCUGUCCUCGGAGGAGAGAUUAUGCGAUGAUUACAGAAAAGGAUUCCAGUGCUGUUCUCAGCCCAGGGCCUGCUAUCACUGAUUCCAGGACAACUUCUGGGGCACUGAAGUUCUGUUGUCUCUUUAUGACAGUCAGAAAAAAUAAACUCAUUGCUUUACUUAUUCUUCCUGUUAGCAUCCUUGCAGAGACCUUAGCCUGAUAACAAAGGAUCUCAUUCUCCCUUGGCCUGGGUAGCUGGUUUGGGAUUGGUGGUGUUGAGCUGGUUUCAUUUUGAUCUCCCUCCCUGACCCUUCUUAUGCCCAGAGUUGCACCACGGGAGUGGAGACGUGGGUGGUGCAAGCAGAAUCAGCCAUGGAUGUAACCUGCCCUGUCUGUAGAACAAGGUGCUUGGUUUGUGGAUGUUGGAGAUGGACCAUCAAUCAGGUCCAUUUGAACCUAUCAUGAGUAUUUCCAAAAAUGUCAGAUGUUCUCAAAUAACAAACCUUUCCUGUAACAGCCCAAGGUCAGGGCUUCAAUCCAGUUUCCUUUCAACCCUUUUUUAAUUAAGAGCAGUGGUUCUUAACUUUGUGGGAUAUGGAUUGCUUUGAGAAUUCAAAGAAAACUGAAUGCUCUGUUGAAAGCUGUCAUGCACAUUUAAACUUUGGCAUUAGGCCUUGUGGAGUACUGUUAGAUCCUCUGCUUUAGGGUCUGCAUGUGCAGCUGGCCCAAAUCCUUGUGUUUGUGGAGGGCCUGUUGAGCACCCAUAGUAAGCCAGUCUGCAGAUGGUUCUGUCACCUGGGGUAGCAGUUUUGGCUACCAUUUCAUUUGGGUGAGAACUUGUAGCAGCACCAUCCAUGUCUUUCCUUGUGUUUUCUUCUCCCUCCCAUGAGUUUCCUACCCUUUUAAAGGUUUUUGUGACAAAAUGAAUUAUAAGUCCCAUGAAGUAAAAUUGAGGAAACAACAUUUUUCAAACCUGGAAACCAGCUUGUAACUGUUAUAUGUGAGUGUCCAGCAUCUGUUGUUACACAGGGUAGCUCAGGUGAUUGUCUCUGCAACUUUCUGGAGCUGAGCUGAGAACGGCUGUGAUUUCUGUAAUUGACUCUUUGGUUUACAUUUUUUAAUUAUGAAAAAUUUCAAUCAUAUUCAAAGUCAGAAUGAUGCAGGAAAAGACGUUUGAUGCCACGUUUGUUUCAUUUCAUUCUAUGGACUUU